ACAAUGGUUGGCUCCAAAGACCUCGAACCCUCACACACAAAAUUCUUCCCCAAUGUAUUCUUCAACAAUCAAUUUCGCGCAAAGCCAGAUUGGCCGGCUCCAGGCACUACUCUCUCUGGAAAGACGGCGAUCAUUACCGGCGGCAACACCGGGCUUGGAUACGAGACUGCAGUGCAGCUUCUAGAACUCCGGAUUUCAAUGCUCGUCCUCGCUGUACGGUCUCCCGAAAAAGGCGAAGCCGCCGCGGAUACAUUGCGGAAGCAACACCCUGGCUCCACGAUCCAGGUUUGGCUUCUGGAUAUGGAUUCCUACGACUCCAUAACUGGUUUUGUUCAACGCGUCGAAAGAUCUCUCUCCCGAAUCGAUAUGGUUCUUCUAAACGCCGGGACUAUGAAAAUUAGUUUCACGAAGAACAAGAGCACCGGCUACGAAACCAUGUUCCAAGUUAACUACCUUUCCACCAUGCUACUCACCAUCCUUUUACUUCCAAUACUCAAAGCAAAGGGAGCUGCCAAUGACCCACCUCCUCAUCUCACCAUCGUCAACGCAGCCCUCUCUCUGGUAGCGGCCUUCCCUGGUAGAAGCGAAAGUCCCUUGUUUUCGUAUUUCAAAGACUCGAAGCAUUGGAGCCGCGAGGAACAUUACAACACUUCAAAGCUUCUGGCUCAUGCGUUCCUCUGGAAUCUCACUGAUUACGUUUCAGCGGACGAUGUCAUCGUUAACCUUGCUGAUCCAGCUUGGGUCAAGGGUACAGCACUUGCCCGCGAAACGCAGGGUGCGAUGAAGAUUGGUCUCAAGAUUUUCGAGCUUACGGGGCGGACUCCAAGAGUGGGUGCUUCGUGUUUCGUUGAUGCGAUGGUGAAUAAGGGGAAAGAAUCGCAUGGGUGUUUUUUGAUGAGCUGGAAGAUCCAUCCAUUCGCGGCUUUGCUGUACACUCCUGAGGGGAGGUCUUUGACUAAGCGGGUUUGGGAGGAAACGCUAGCGGAGCUUGAGUUUGCGGGGGUUGGUGCAGCCCUAGACGGAAUGAGAGUAUGAGAGUAUGAGAGAUGAAAGCAGCAAUGGCGAUGUAAGCGAUGUAC